UCUUCAAGUGCUUUUACUCUUCUAUAUAAUACCUCUUUUCUUCUUCAUCUUCUCCUCACAAAAACCUUCCAGCGCCCAUCGCUUGCUUAUUCUUCAUCUAUAUUUCUUCCUGUCAAUACCCUUUUCUUUGCUUUCCAAAUGGCCAGCGUUGAGGUUCAAUCAGCUGCAGUUACAACAUUGCCUGAGAAUGAGACAACUGAGGCGACCAAGACUGUUGAGACAACUGAGGUGACCGAGACUGUUCAGACAACUGAGGCGACCGAGAAUGUUGAGACAACCCCAGAAGAGACAGUGGCAACCCCACCACCAGCUGCAGAGCCAGUGACUGAAGAACCAGUUGAAGCAACUCCUGAGGCCCCAGUAGCCGAGGAACCCGCUGUUGCAGAGCCUGAAGCUGCUUCAGUUGAGAUUGAAACUAAGGAAGUUGUAGAAGCCAAGGUUGAGGUGACUGAAGCAGCAGUGGAAGAGAAAGCAGAAGAGACCACAGAAGUGAAACCUGAGGAGCCUGUUGUUGAGGAGACUAAAGGAGAGACCGCCGAAGCGGAAGAAGUCUCGGCGGCUCCGGUGGAGGAAGAGAAGCCAGUUGAAGCACCAGAAGAAGUCACAGAAGUUCCAGUUGAGAAGACUGAAGAGUGAAGAAACACAAGGCAGUUUUAGGAAAGCUGUUGGGGGGUUUCAUGCAAAGUUUGGAAUGUUUUUAAUUAGCCUUUUUAUUCUUCUUAGUCUCGUUUGAAUGAGGUUUGGAGUAUUAUGGAAUUGGGCUUAGAAAUAGUAUUAAGAAAUUACUGGUCCACAUCAGCAGACAGAAAUGCCACAUGGCUAAUUAUUGCAAAUGUGGGUUCCCGAAGAGUCAUCGUUAUUAAAGAGAGUUUUAUAUUUUGAAAUGGUGUGUGAUGAGAUGUGUGAAUGUGAAUCUCUAGCUUUGCAUAAUAAUAAUAUUAAUAAUAUUUUUAUUUUAUAAUA